AUGGCCCCCAACGAGGCCCCCUCAUCAGACGGAGCUCCCCCAGGCUCAAUCAACCUCGCCUCCCUCUCCGUCCCUCAGCUCCGUGCUCUCCAGACCCGCCUCACCUCCGAAUUGGAACAUCUGACCACCUCGCACUCGAAGCUGCGCGCUGCACAGGCCAAGUUCCGCGACUGUGUGCGCUCGAUAAACGAAGGUGUCACCGGAUCCGAGAAGAAGGGUACCGAUGGCCGUGAUGAGAUCCUUGUUCCCCUGACCAGCUCGCUCUAUGUCAAGGGCCGGUUGACGGAUCGGGAGAAGGUGCUUGUUGAUGUUGGAACUGGAUUCUACGUUGAAAAGACUUCCGCCAAGGCAAUUGAAUUCUACGAUGAUAAGGUCAAGGGAUUGGAGUCAAAUCUGCAGGAUUUGGAGAAGGUUGUACAGACUAAGAGCACGCAGUUGCGGGUUGUUGAAGAAACAUUGAGACAGAAGAUGCUUGCUGGAGAAGCUAACCCCACAGCUGGCGGUGGCUAA